GCUAUAGGUAGAGGCUAGCUUGGUUGCUAUAGUCUCAAAUGUGAUUAAACAAUAACAGUAAUUGAACAACACAUUUUCUUCCUCUAUACUCUCUAGCUCAACACUAAAAUUUAAAUUAAAUAGGGUAAUUUACAUUUUACUUAUCAUACUUUUUAUAAUCUAGUAAAUUCAAGACAAAUAUAACUAAACAAAUACAAUGGACUACGAUCUAAAUAACCACAUGGAAUUGGCUAGAUAUAAUCUUAAACAAAAACAAGCUCAAAACUGGAUAAAUGUCACAAAUCAGUCAAAACACUCGUGCCAGUUUGAGCUAUAUGAAGUGGAAAAACAAUCAAUGUUUAAUAGUGUCAAUAAUUUUAUGACCAAGCUUAUAGUCGAUAAGGAUCGUUUGAUUAAUUCUAGAUUUUCCAAAUCCAUUACUGAAGAAAAUAUGAUCUUGGAUGAUUUUAAAGAGCGUAUGAAGUCAGCCCAUGACAUAAUUAACCAACUAAAUUAUUUGAUACAAAUAGAAAAAUCUGUUUGGUUAGCACCAAAAUAUGAAAAUACUCCUAAGGCUGAACAAAAAUACAACGAAUUAAAAAUGAAAAUAAAAUGGAUGGAGAAAUCAAUAGAAUUAGCUGUUAAAAGAUAUAAUAUAAUGAGAAUAUUUUUAAAUAUUCCAAUGGACAAUUUACAUUCGGAAAUAAAACAUCAAACAAUACCAUUUAAAUUAAAUUAUAUGUCUAAAAAAAAAAGACAAGAAAUAGAAAAUCAAUUAAAAUUUAAAGAAACACAACUUAUUUUAUCCGAUUUGCGAUCACCAAUGGAAUUGUUAAGGAAUAGAAUUGUAGAUCACGGAAUCAUUCCAAUUUAUAGGUUCCUAAGAAGAAACACAUCUGGUCAACAAUUUGUUUACAGCUAUUCAUGUACAUUGUUUGGAAUGUAUGUUGAAGGAAGUGGUACUACCAAGUAUGAGGCAAAAGUAAAUACAGCUGCUGAAAUGUUGCGUUCAAUUAUAAGAAAACAGAAAAAGCGAACCCUUUCUUCGCACAUAAGAUCUUUUAACGAUAAGGAAUUAAAAUCCAUCAGUCCAAUGAUUAAGUUUAAAGCAAACUAUGUGGAGGUACUGCAUAAUGAAUGUCUUAAACAUUCAUAUCCAUCACCAUUAUAUACACUUCUAUCACAGCCCAAAAAUGAUGACAAACCUGAAAACCGUUAUUCAAUCCAAUGCAAUGCAAUGGACUUAGUGGCAAUAGGACACAGUAACAAUCAAUCAACAGCUAAACAAAUGGCAGCACAAAAUAUUAUGAAAUUAUGGGAGAAAUUGAAUUCAAAAAGCAACCCCUCUAAGUAGAACUAAGAUAAUUAACUUUUUAAACACAAGAUUAUACAAUUGCAUAUAGGUUCAUAUUAGGUGAUCCAUUUAAGUGUUGAACUCAUUAUUUCGAAAAGUUGUAUCUUAUUCAAAAAUAUUCUUUUAUAUCAUUUGAAGUCAUUUAAAAAACA